AUGGCUGAAGCUGCAAUCAUAUACUUUCUGAGAAGGCUAGGCUAUCAGUUAAUACAAGAAGGGAAUGUUCUAUCAGGGGUACAAGAUGAAAUUGAGUGGAUCAAGAAAGAGUUUCAAGCCAUGGUAGCUUUUCUAAGAGAUGCUGACAAGAGACAACUAAGAGAUGAAACUGUGGCUGGUUGGGUUAAUGAGGAUGUCUUGAAAAACAUCCUUUUCGGAGUCAUAGCUAGUAGAGGUGAGCCAGCUCUGGAUGUCAUGAGUGCCAUGGAUGAGGGAUGGUUACUGGAGAGGACCAAUGACUACUUGCAAGACAAGAAGUACUUGCUAGUUCUUGAUGAUAUAUGGGAUGAGAACCUAUGGGAAGAGCUGAAACAUGCAUUUCCACGAAGAAAAGGGCGAAUCAUAAUUACAACAAGAAUCCACGGUAUAGCAUCCCUUCCUGAGGAUAAUUUCCAAAUCUAUGAUCUCCAACCCCUCCCUUAUGAAUUAGCUUGGAGAAUGUUUUGCAAGAAGGCGUUUUGA